CGCCGCUCUACGAGUCGCUGGUAUCGUGCAUGUCCGACCUCGACGACGACAGUGUGGCCUUCCCUGACACGGAGGCCGAGCACGAGUACCAGCAGAUCCCGGCGCGGGACCCGCUCGCCGACAAGGCCGCUCGGGCACCGCGGGACUCUCCGAGAAGCGACAAGAGCGGCGCCCCCAGCAAGAGACGAGACGCGUCCGGGUCCUCGAGCGACGGCCAGAAGGAGACGCAGCACAUCGCGGCGUCCAAGCUCAACACGCUGGACGUGAAGCCGGACAAAAGCGCGAGUAAAGAAGGGAGCCGGAGCGAAGAGAGCCAGGUGUGCCACUGCCAGAGGAAGGCGUCGGAGCGAAGGCCCAGCUCUGCCAAGCUCUCGCCCGCCCCCAGGACGUCCGGCAGCGGCUCUUCUCAGUCCCUGUCUUCGCAGGACAACCACAAGAGUGCCAUUUACAUCUCCAACACCACGAUCUGUCGCCGCGACGACGGUGUGCAUGAAUCGUCUGACUCGGACGACACUUACCAGGAUAUCAGCGACGCCCCGACCGUCAUCCACGUCAUUAGUCACAAGGACUCCAAAGACAGCGCAAAGAAACCCGAGGGCUCACACGCGUCUAAAGAGAGGUCGAGCGCGAGCUUCUCCCCGGCGGAUGGUCGCCGCCUCACUCCGCGCUCCAACCACACCGCCAGCUCAGGCUCAACCUGCCUGAAGACGAGGGCGAACAGCGCAGAGAACCUGCCACACAACAAAGCCCAAGGGCCGUGUUACCCGCCGCUCACCAUCGAGCUCUCGGAGAGGAAGGAGGACCCCACUUGGGGGCCAGACCCCGGAAAGGCGCGAGGGGGGAAAGCCAGCAACGCUACCCACUCCUCGACACCGCACAUCAUAACGACCCUCGACCCGCCCCUGAGACCGGCGCCGAAGGCGCAGACGGAGUACGACUGCAUGAGCGAUAUACCCCCUCUGGUGGUCAACUUCGACGCCGAAGACUCUGACAGCAACAGCGAGACGUUCAUCGAGAUGGGGGCGUCGACUGUAGGCGGGAGCACUUCCAUCUACCUGACGGAGGACGAGACGAGUUCCCUCUAUUCUUCCGUGCCGGAUCUGUACUCCGUUGUAACCACAGACCCCGACUCCUUCGUGUAUGUGUACAGGCCGCCCCCGCGUCGUCAGAGCCUCUUGCAGAAACGUCUUCAAGAUUCAGCGUUGGAUUACAGGAUUCCUGGAUAUAUCAUAGCAAGGGGCAGCGGCGGGAGCAGCGGCGGCAGCUGCACGUCGGAGGGCUCCUGGAGCGACACCAUCUCCUUCGUGGAGCCCACCUACCGACCCACCAACCUCUCGGUGGGCUCCCGCGGCCACCUCAAGAUCGACUACUCGUGCUCCUGGACCCGCUUGGACGACUUCGUGCGCACGGCGAGCCCAAGAGGCGCGUCGCAGGAAGUCCCCAAGCUCGUCUACAGGAGCGGCGGAGCCCUGCCCCCCACCCGGUCGCCCAAGGACGCCUCCCCGGCCUCAGUCUCGCACAGAGGCCCUGCGCUCUCGCCCUGGGAGAGGUACACCGACCCCGUCGCCGGAUAGGCCAGCUGCAGGAUACUGCAGUCCGUCACUUGUACAGUGUACUUAAUAAUCGUACUUAAAAAGGUUUUUGCAUCUAGGCACUACAUUCUUGCAAUUGUUGUGGUCUGUGAGACUUUCAGAACACAAAAUAUUUUGUCAACAAGCUUUUUUGAAUCUGCUUUCCCAUAUUUGUAAUUUCUUCCUUAGAGAGACAUUCACGAAUCGCAUUAUCUCUACAGCAAUACGGAAAAAGUAAUCCGUUCUUUGUUGGGAGAGAAUGUAAUUCCUUCAAGUCAUAUAGAGUGUGAAUAUUGUAUCAAAAUGUUCAUGUGAAGAAGCCUUUAAUAGCCUGUGAUAUUAAAGAGUUAUGUAUUA